GAGUAUUUGCAAUUAAACACACCCCAAAAAAAAAAAAGGAGAAAAAUGUCGAGUGAUGAAUUCAGACUGGUGUCGCCGACGAUAGACAAUGAAGGGAAGCUGCCGAGAAAGUAUACCAAGGGAGGUCAAGGUGUAAAGAAGAAUAUCUCUCCUCCUCUUGAAUGGUACAACGUUCCUCAAGGUACCAAGUCGCUAGCCUUGGUGGUUGAGGACAUAGAUGCUCCUGAUCCUAGUGGACCGCUCGUGCCGUGGACUAUUUGGGUGGUCGUCGACAUUCCGCCCGAUAUGAAAGGUUUGCCUGAAGGAUUUUCCGGCAACGAUGAGCAGGACUUUGCUGGUAUUCGAGAAGGGAAUAACGAUCACAAGAUCCCGGGAUGGCGUGGCCCUCUCAUGCCUAGUCACGAUCAUCGUUUCCAGUUCAAGCUCUUUGCUCUCAGCGAUAAACCCAAUCUUGGUCACACGGUGACAAAAGAGAGAUUGCUGGAUGCGGUUGAUGGGAUUGUGAUCGGAGAAGCGGUUUUGACAUGUUUUGCUUGAAUAUUUUCGAAGUCUCUAUGUCGUUUGUGUGUUGUGUUGCGGCUUCUUAAUGACUCGAAUGUACACUCUAAUAAAGAAUAAACAAGGGCUAUUUGUUCA